AUGGAGUUCAAGGAGACUUUCACACUUCUAAUGCAGGUCUUGUUUCGCUAUCGAUACGCUGAGCCAGUGCCGCGCCGCGCAGAGGUCGCCGCCUGCGGACUCUGUGACGCCGAGGCACGGCAGCAGCGACGGGCGAAAGCCGAGGACCCAGACAAGGCCGUGGCCGUGGUCUUCUGCGUCAUGUCCAGAAGAUCCGCACACGAACUGCGUCAGGUGCUUCGCGACACCUGGGGGCGCAGCCUGGUGGAGAAGGCACCUGCUGUGGUCCAGCGAUUCUUCGUUGGCACAGCCGCCAAUGAGUCCCACCAGCUGCACGACCUCGACAAGGGCGACGUCGUGGAGCUGCCGGUUGUGGAGUCAUAUCGAACCCUGAACCUCAAGGCGCUGGUCAUGCUGAGCUGGGCCGAAAAGCGGUAUCCAAACCUCCAGUGGCUGGUGCGGCAUGAUGACGACGUGUACCUGCGCGCGCCAGCUCUGCUAGCACAGCUGGCCAGUCGGCCUCCAGUACGCUACUUGUGGGGGAUGAUUGACCACGGCUCCAGUCCAGUUCGAGAUCCGGAGCAUCAGCACUACAACUCCUACGAACAGUUCCCAAAGCAAGAUCACCCGUCCUGGGGAGACAUCUUCCCACCCUAUGCCCGCGGUUUGCUCUGGGCGAUGUCUGCCGAUCUCGUGGCGGCCAUCGUGGAAGCCUUCAACGCCGAUGUGGAGGAGCGCGCCGGCGAAGUUCUUGGCGAGGCAGCUGCUAACACUGUUCCGCAUCCUGAUGAUCCAGCCGUUGGCGUGUUGAUCGCCGGCCUCGUGCAAGGCGGCAUGUCCAUCAACCUGGAUGAUCGCGAUUUCAACUCUUUCUCCCUCAACCCAUCCUGCAACUCCACCUUCUCCAACAUACACAAUCGCACGUGGGUCGUUCACCAUGUGCAGCCAGAAACCAUGCGCUGCAUGUGGGAGCUCGACACGGCAGAGGCGGCGCAAGGAAUCGCCUCACAAAACUCUGCAACCGAUGCCUCCAACAGGAUCUUCCCGGAUCUCUGUCUUUGCUCCACGGAAGUGGUCGAGGAAGAGGAUGGUGAAGAGGAGCCCUUCUGGUAUGACCGGUCGCGCUUCAACACCGCUCGGUGA